CUUCUUUUUUUUCCCUCUUCUCCCGUCGAUCCUGCCACCUUUCUUUCUACGGCCGGCCUUUGGCAGAAUAGCAGAAGAGGAGGACGAAGUCGAUUACAUUUCGGUUCGGUUCGUCCCGUAUCCCCAGUCGACGUCUCGCUGUCCCGCUCGUGCCCGCGUCCCUUCGUGGGCUCGCUCGUCCUGCUCUAGGUUAGCCAGUGAAUCAUCUUCAACGACCCCCUCCUCUGGGAUCCGGGCAGAAGACUCUUAAGGGGGCCCACGGCGCAGCGCGAGGCCAGUCCGAGAACGCGACCCUAACACUAACAUCCGGUGUAUUCCGAGAGUCGGAAACGGAAACGGCUGCUUGAUCGAUUAAUCGACACACGGCAACAUGAAGAUCGCUCUGCUGCUGCUGCUGGCCGUCGCGGCCUUCGCCUCAGCUCAAAGGAUCACGACGAUCCAGCUGGACGGCGUGCAGUAUUUCGUCUCGAGGAUGAACCCGUACAGUCCCGAGCUGAACUACUUCCUCGCGUACCAGUACUGUCGCUCCCUGGGUCUGCAGCUGGCCUCCUUCGAGACGAAAGAAAAGGCCGACACGAUGACGCAGUACUUGAAGAACGCCGGCUACGUGAAGUACGACUUCUGGACAUCGGGCAACAAGCUGGGCACGGACAUGUUCCUCUGGAUGAGCACCGGCCUGCCGUUCAACGCCACGUUCAACUACAUGCUCAGGCGACCUGGCAACAGACCCGUCGAUGUUCCACCAGGCACCGAGCCUCAACGAGUAGCUCGCGAAAGCGGCGACAGCGGCAGCGCGGACGGCUGCGUCGCGAUGGUGGCACCCACGUUAGCCUGGGAGGCGCAGGACUGCACCCUGGUUAAGGACUUCAUCUGCGAGCAGACAAGAUGCUACUACUACAACUACGGCAGCAUUCCAGUCUCUGCGACUCAGGGAAAUCGCAGACCCUACAUAACAACCACCUCGGCGCCAGCCAGCGACGACCAGGUCGACGACCACGAGGAGAGUAGCUUGGGGAAUGAGAACGACGGGGCGCAGGAGGAGAACACCGACGAUGAGAACAGAACACCGGAAGAGGGGAGCAGCUCCGUCGACGAGAAAUCACCUGAAGACCCGGUCGUCAGCAGGCUGAUCACCACGGCCGUUUCCGCGUCCGACAGGCCGCCGUCUAUCCCGCAGUCGACGUCCUCGCCGGUCGUCACCGAGGACAACCGGGAACAGCCGACGAACGGUGAACUGGAGAACACGAGGCCCGACCAUUUGCCGGAUAUCACCAGCCUGUUCACCGACAGCCCCGCGCCUCAGGCGAGGAAGGAGAACGUGUUCGAGGGCCUGCAGACACGGGAAGUUCACCGUUCGUCGCUCAGAUCCUCCACCGACAUGAAGGUCGAGCACCGCGAGUCUCCGGACUACCUCGAGCCGCAGUCGGAGACCGAGUCGCCCAACAACGGGCUGGAGGACGCCCACACCGUCGGCCCGUACGACAGCGUGCAGGACUAUUACGUCAACGACCAGCCGGAGCCGGCGGCCGAGCCGUCGAUGAUGAAGGACCAGGACGACGACAGCAGCACGAUCCUGCCGGACGCGGAACCGGCCUACAGGUACAACAUUAAAGUGCGCACCAACGGCAAAGUAUUAGAUCCUCCGUCCAAGUAACGCUUUAAACACUUUAGGCACCGUCUUCUCGCGUCACGCCAAGUCCUAAUUGCACGUCGCGCGGCGAUCGACUCCUGUCGUCCAGCGAAUCUUUCUCGAUAGUCGGGCAGUAGCUUUUUCUCAGCGAAAGUAUUGCGGAUAACGUUGGAUCGUCCGGAUCGUUCGAUCGCUCCGUUCUUCCACGACGCGUCGGUGGACGCGAACGAUCGCGAUGUAACACUUUGACCGGGGUGCCAUCGACGGUAACGCUUAACAUGUAUGGCAGAGAAAAGCUUCGGGGAAGAUCGUUCGAUAUUUGUCCGCCAAUUUAAUCGCCAUACAACUUUUGAUCGGCGCGAACACUCCGGACAGCUCGAUGUACGCGGAAGCAAACCGAUCGUGUUUUCAUCGUCGAACGGAAUUCGUUUGCUUCCGGUUGGACAGCAACGAGUUUGUCGGCCCGCGAGAUGCAAUUGGUACGCAAGUCUUACUCGUCGAUAAGUGAACAGAGAACGGUAGAGGGAGAUCCGAGAAGUUUAGAUUGUAUUAUGUACGUUCUUAUCAUGUGUAUAUCGUGUCACCCAGCGAACGGUCUUAUCGCCGUUUCGCGCCUCUCAUCGCUCAUCUCGCUCGUUCUGAUCGAAGGAACUCGCGCGUCCAGUGCUCGUUUCGAUCCCCUUGGAGAAGCAAAAGAUCGUUCGGAAUCGCUCGCAAAGCGCGCUCGCAAAGCGCUCGCGCAGCUUUUAUUCGCGGAGAAUUUGCUCAAGGAAACGUUUCUAAUUAGUAUAGACGGCCUGGACUCCGGCCGUUGGACUCUCGAGGACAGAGCCCCGACGUCAUCGUUUCUCGCAGGGGCAUUUAACACGAUCGGAUCGGUCCAUAAAUCAAGCACGUAUCCCCGUGGCGCUGGCGGACGCGUAUCUCGUCGAAUCGCGUCGCGCGCAAUCGAUCCUUCCAUUGUUUCGCCGCGUAUCUGUCUUCUAUUAGCUGAUUUCGCUGAUCCGUGUAGCUCGUAGGAACAAUUUAAACGAUGAACGCGCGAGGACUCUUCGCGUCCGUGCGGGAUCUCAGGCAUCGAAAUUGUAGAACGGAAGAGUUCGCCGUCUCCGUUAGCGCAUCGCCAGCUGGACCAACUUCGUCUUUUUGGUGUAGGGUUGGGAGUCCGCCGGCGCCACUCGAUCACCCUCAUACACACACACACACACACAUACACAUACGUGCCGCAAACGUACACGCACAAACACGCACACGUAUCGAAGUAAUCAUCCUUAGGUAACGUUCAUUCGUACGUCCGCAAGAUGAAACGUUUCACGGCGGUUCGAUCGGACUGCGAUCGACGUUCGGAUACGGGGGAGAGGGGACAUAGUUCGCCGACAUAUAUCCUAUACUCUCUCUCUCUUUAUGACCGAACGGAGGAUACGAGGAGGACGGGCACGCUGUUGCUAACGUUUCGGUCAUCCAGACGUACGGCCAACCGACGCACACGCGUAGUUUCGAAAUGAUUCUUUAACCGCCUACGAUCAGUGAUCGUGUCACCAUGGAUCCACCUCGGAUAUCAUUGCGUAAACACGCCGCGAAUAUGUAACUUUGUGUAAUUUGAAUAUUAAUAAAGGUACGAGUACAUUCUUA